AUGUGCUACAAGUCCAACUAUGAGCCUUAUACCAGUCAAAGCCUUGACAUCAAAAGGGCAGAAGACCUCUCGUCAGAAGAGCUCCUCAACCCAUUAGGGUCUCUCUAUCCUCACGUCGUCGCUCUCCAACUCCAAUCCGACGACACUCCAUGGAUCCGCGCCAAAAACUCUGCCUAUCAAGACAACAAUUCCUGGACAGAUGUAUACUCCACAGACGAUUAUUCCAAGCCCUCGGCGCGCAGGAACAGUGACUCCUCAGCCUACCGCUUCGUCUUGCGAAUCCGCCGAUUUCUCACACGAGAUGAGAUCAGGCGACGCCAGCGAGCUGCAUAG